AAAUAAAAUACCUUUUCUUUUAUCGUCUCUAUUUUACGAAUCAUUAGUAACUUUCUUUGUUGUGAUAUUGAUCAUGGCGAAGUUCUCUUGUUCUUAUUUUCUCAUAAUCAUGCUUGUGUUCUCAGUAUUUUCAGUGGUUCAACGAGCUAAGGGACAACAAUGUACUAUCAUCAUUGAUCAAAAAAAUCCAUGUGACCUUGUUGAUUGUCGUCUAAACUGCUAUGAGGGAUAUAACGGAGUUGGAAAAUGCAUUAAAGAUACCAAAGUUGGUGGAGAUCCAAGUUGUGUUUGUACUUAUAAUUGUUAGAGAGGCAACAAUUAAAAGAUAAUGUUAUAUGAUUUAGAAAAUAAUUUCUUAAAUCUAUAUGAAU